CCCCUUCCCUCAGGCUCGCCUGGGACAGGCUUCUCGUGAUUCGCGAUUGGCUCUCACGGGCGGACCUUUGUCCAUCCGCGGGACCGCGAGAGGCCCAGGCCAGGCUCGGGGCUGCGGGGCGGGAGGCGGCCGGGUGGGGGACAAGCCGGAGACCACAGGGGAGACAGGCAGGCCAGGGCAAGGGGACUGAGACACAGGCGGGAGCCAGGGACCGAGACGCGAACGGGGUGAAGAAACCGACACUCGGGCCAAGCCACCCUGCCAAAGGAGGCAGAGCCAGAACUCACACCCAGAUCCAGAGAGGACAGGAAAAUGGCCACCUGGGAUGAAAAGGCUGGCUCCCGCAGGGCCAAAGUGGCUCCGGCAGAGAGGAUGAGCAAGUUCUUGAAGCAUUUCACUGUCGUUGGGGACGAUUACCAUGCCUGGAACAUCAACUACAAGAAAUGGGAGAAUGAGGAGGAUGAGGAGGACGAGGAGGAACAGCCGCCACCAACACCUGCCUCCGGUGAGGAGGGCAGAGCUGCCGACCCGGCUGCGGCCCCUGUCCCUGCGCCCAGGCCCCCCCUAGACUUCAGGACCACAUUGAGGAAGCUGUUCAGCUCCCACAGGUUUCAGGUUAUCAUCAUUUGCCUGGUCAUUCUGGAUGCCCUCCUGGUGCUCGCUGAGCUCAUUCUGGACCUGAAGAUCAUCAAGGCUGACAAGAACGCCGUCAAGGUGUUUCACUGCAUGAGCAUUGCCAUCUUGACCUUCUUUAUGAUGGAGAUUUUUCUAAAAUUAUAUGUCUUCCGCUUGGAGUUCUUUCACCACAAGUUUGAAAUCCUGGACACCAUCGUGGUGGUGAUUUCCUUUAUCCUUGACAUCGUCCUCCUGUUCCAUGAGCACCAGUUUGAGGCUCUUGGCCUACUGAUUCUGCUCCGGCUGUGGCGGGUGGCCCGGAUCAUCAACGGAAUAAUUAUCUCCGUUAAGACACGUUCAGAACGGCAACUACUGAGGUUAAAACAGAUGAAUAUACAGUUGGCCGCCAAGAUCCAACACCUUGAAUUCAGCUGCUCUGAGAAGGAACAAGAAAUUGAAAGACUUAACAAGCUCUUGAGACAGCACGGACUUCUUGGUGAGGUCAACUAGAUGCGCACCUGCUCCACCCCAAAGAGAAGACCCUGCUUCCACGGGCUUGUGUCUCUGAGAGAAAGACAGCUGCCUCUCCUGGGCCCGUUUCGGGGAGAGGUUUGGUUCGAUGCCUUUGCCUCACCUCCACCCAGCUUGGAUUCCGGGGUGGGCAGGUGGUAGGGGGAGGGGGGAAGGCGGGGGAAAGGCUUGCCCUUCCUUUCUUGGCGUGACCAAGAGCUUCCCAUCCCGUCCUCACUCCACGUCACCAUGUAUCAUAAACUAUAUUCUCUCAUGUUGACACUUUUGCUUGAAAAUGAACGAAGCUGGACAACUACUAGUUGUAUAUAAAAUUUUAUCUCAUCAGUG